AUGAGUGAUACAGAAUCUAAUAAGUUAGAUUUAUCUUCUUUGAAGGACAAAAUUUCCUCAAAAUUAAAUGCUCAGAAAGAGAAGAAAUCUAAUGAUAAGAAAACCGCUAAGAAGAAUGAAGUUGAUGACGUCCUUCGCCGUGAAGCUUUAUCUUUAGGCGCUACAGAAAAGGACUUAGAAUUACUUGAAGGUGAAAUAGACAAUGAUUUAAGUGAACAGGAAUUUAAUGCCAGUGAUGAAGAUUCUAAGGAGGAUGAAGCUUUCACUGAUGAUUUGAAAAGUUUUAUGAAAAACAUUGGUCUAGAAAACCGUACUGUUGAUGAUAUCGAAACGAAAUCUGAACCAGAAGAUGAAGGAGUGGAAGAGGCUGAACUUAGUCCUAGCUCAGCAGAGGACGAAGAAGAAGAGGAAGAGGAAGAACAACAAGAAGACGCCGGCGAGCUCCAACCAGAAUCCGAACAAGAAGCCGAAGAUGUAGAGAAUCACAAUACUAAGGGCUUAGUUACUCAAACAAACAUUUCCACUGCUGAAAAGUUGAUUAUUUCAUUCGAGACAGCCUGGUACCAAGUUCCUUUAGAUCCUCAAAUUGAACAAAAUAUCAAAGAAGAUACCAAGUUAACUAAAGAACAAAUCGAAACUCUUUUAGAAAGAGGUAAACAAGCUCUUGAAAUCGAUAAUCAAACUUAUUUUGAAGGUUUCACGAGGGAGUCUUCACAAAAGAAGUUCAUGUCACAAAUUUUAUCUGAUGGUACAUUAAGUGAUAAAAUUUCUGCUUUAACUUUAUUGAUCCAAGAAUCUCCUAUUCACAAUACCAAAUCCCUAGAAACUCUUCUAUCCUAUUGUAACAAAAAAUCUAGAAAUUCCCAAUUACAAAGUUUGAAUGCAUUGAAGGAUUUACUUUUGAAUGGCAUGUUACCUGAUAGAAAGUUGAGAUACUUCAAAAAUCAACCUGGUCUUUCCAUGAUGUUAAAUAAGAGAACAUUGGCCAUUUUCUACUUCGAAGAUUAUUUGAAGAAGACUUUUUUCAAAAUUUUGGAAAUCUUAGAGAAAUUAUCUCACGAUCCUAUUAUUCAUGUUAGAUCAAAGAUUUUAAGCCACAUAUUCGAUUUAUUGACCUCCAAACCUGAACAAGAAUUUAAUUUAUUAAGAUUGGGUGUAAAUAAAUUGGGUGAUAUCGACUCCAAAGUCUCUUCAAAGGCAUCAUACUUACUAUUACAAUUACAACAAAUGCAUCCGAACAUGAAAAGUAUUGUUAUAGACAACAUGGUUGAUCUUGCUUUAAGACCAAAUGCCGAUUAUCAUACAGUGUAUUAUUCAGUGAUUACUCUGAAUCAAACAAUUUUGAAAAGGUCAGAAGAUUCAAUUGCAAACAAAUUAAUCAAGACAUAUUUUACCCUUUUCGAAAAGUUUUUGGUAACCACCGAUAAACAAGACACUGAAAUUCCAGUUAAGUCCAAUGCUAAAGGCUAUGAAAAUAAACGGAAAAAGAACUUUAAGAGAGGUAAAAAUGGUGGUAAAUCAGUGAAGAACGAGAAAACAGAUGCUGAAAUACUGAGUGAAAAGAACUCGAAGUUGUUCAGUGCCUUAUUGACAGGCAUCAAUCGUUCCUUUCCAUUUGCCACAAUUCCCGCAUCAAUAUAUGAGGCACACAUGGAAACCUUAUAUAAAAUUACACAUUCUUCCAAUUUCAAUACAUCUAUUCAGGCACUUAUUUUAAUUAAUCAAGUUACCGUCAAGGCCUGUUUGAAUACUGAUAGAUAUUACAAGACGUUGUACGAAUCACUUUUCGACCCAAGAUUACUCAAUUCAUCUAAGCAAGGUAUCUACUUUAAUUUACUUUACAAAUCUUUGAAACAAGAUGCAAAGAACGUUGCGCGUGUCGAGGCAUUCGUUAAGAGAAUCUUACAAGUUUCAUCUCAUUGGUUAAAUGUCGGUACAAUUGCAGGGUUUUUCUAUCUUUUGAUACAAUUAGUUCAAACUAUUCCGCAAAUUAGAAAUUUACUUAUAAACUCUCCAGUUGAUUAUCAAUAUCAAAGUGAUUCACAAGGAGAAGAAGACGAAAAGAAGGAGAAGAAAAUACCAAAACAAUAUGACAGUCGUAAACGUGAUCCAAAAUUUGCCAAUGCAGAUCAAUCUUCAUUAUGGGAAAUAACACAAUUUGUGAAUCAUUUUCACCCAACCGUACAAUCCUAUGCAGAUGCAUUCAUUAACAACAAACCUAAUGAAGUUACAAAACCGGAUCUUGGUCUCUUCACUUUAGCUCAUUUCCUUGACAGAUUUGUUUACAGAAAUGCCAGACAGAAACAGGUUACUAGAGGUUCAUCUAUUAUGCAACCUUUGUUUGGCGGAUCACAAUUGAACAGUUCGUUACUUGUAAAAGCAUCAGACAUGGUUAAUAAGGAAGCCGCUGUUAAUACUACCAAUUGGUUAGAUAAAAAAGUGAGUGAGAUCAAACCUGAUGAGAAAUUUUUCUAUCAAUAUUUCGUGAAUAAAAAAUCAGCUAUAAAGCAGAAACAACAAAAUGAGAAGAAAGAAAUUGAUUCUGAUAAUGAGGGAAUGGAUGAAGAUGAAAUUUGGGAUGCAUUGGUGAAAUCAAGACCUGAUGUGGAACAUGACAGUGGUGAUGAAUUAGAGUUUAGUGGUGAAGAUUUCAGUGAUAUGAGUGAUAGUGAAGAUGAGGAAGCUUUUGAAGAAGAAGAAGAAGAUGAUAUUGAAAUUGAUGAGGCUAUUUUCAACGAUGACGAGUCAUCCGACCAAGAAGAAGAGGCUGAAGAAGAUUCCAAGAAACGUAAAAAUGUUGAGGGAGAGGCAUCUGAAGAGGGUUCUAAGAAAAAUAAAAGACAAAAGAAGGAAUCUCUACCAUUAUUUGCAGAUGCUGCAGAUUACGCUAAGUAUUUAGAAUCCGACUCCGAUUGA